UUUACAUAGUCUUCAAAGCUGUCCUUAAGCAUUCCUUAGUUAUAAAAUUAUUAUAUACGAACGGUGAAUUUUUUCCAAGUCCAUUGCUCUAAUGAAUUAUUUCGAAAGAUUGCUAGAAGGAUGCAUAUUUGAAAUCAUUUCACACACAACUCCAGCAGAUGCAGUACGAUCAACAAUUUUAUCAAGAGGAUUCAGAUUUCCUGCAGAAUCAGAUGAAAUUUGGGGAAGAUUUUUGCCCGCUGAUUAUCAAGAAAUAAUUGAUAAAUCAGAGUUUCCUCCUGUUUGCAACACGAAAAAGGAGCUAUUUUUUAGUCUGUGUAAUUCUCCCAUUCUCCUUGAUGGAGGCAAACUGAGUUUUUUACUUGAUAAGCAUACUGGGAAGAAGUGUUUUAUGAUAGCACCAAGAGAGCUUACAAUUUCGUUGGGCGAUAACUCAUACUUUUGGCAAUGGAAGAGACGCCCCGAUUCCAGGUUUGUUAAUUAUGAGAGUGACACUGAGACUGAAAAACAAGCAAAUACUGUGAAACUCUCAAGUGGGAAUAUUCCAAAAAUGAGAGGAGAUGGAUGGAUGGAAGUAGAAUUGGGAUAUUUUGAUAGCAAGAAAGGUGAUGAUGGACCUGUUGAAGCAAGACUGCUUGAGAUUAAACGUCUUCAUUAUAAAGGUGGACUCAUUGUUGAAGGGAUUCAGUUUUGUCCCAAAAUAAUCGAAUACACAUCGUCAGAGGUGGAUAUGGCGUAUCUGGAAUUUUAAUUUUGCGUGUUUCGAAUUAUAAUUUUUUUGCUUACUGGGUUUAAGAUAUGUUUUUCUAUACUUAUUAAUGUAUUGAAUUUUUUAGUACAAAUGCAGGGUUUGAGUCAAAGUUACUGAGUUCUGCCGAACUCGUAAAUUUUGGCUCUGCCCCUGAAAGUUAUAUAACGCAGUUGAAAGUUUGGCUCAGACAACAUGACUAUUUUAAAAAAGAAGAAUUUCUAAACUUUAUGGGUGAUUUAUGUUGUUCUUAUUUCCAAAAUUUGAUUUUAUAUAUUGGCUUGUUGAGAGCCUAUUUGGAAAGCCACCAUUUAAUUUGAUAUGGGUGUAAUUGGAUGUAAUUGCACAAUUUUGGCAGGUUUGUCUGACCACGUAAUUACUUGGUCAACUUGUAAUUGGGUGUAAUUGAGGAAGAGUAAUUACACUCUUCAAUUUUCAAGGGGAGGUGAGAAUUACAGGUAAUUACAUGGUGUAAUUACAAGGUUACUCUUUAAUUUAUUUCCUUUUCCUUUUUAUUUUAAUUUCUUUUUCUUUUUCAUUUUUUAUUUCUAUUAUAUUUAAUUUCUUUUUAUUUUAAUUAUUUAUUUAUUUAUUAAUUCAAUUUUUUCAUAUCAUUCUUUUCUUCUCACUUCCCAACCUUUAUUUCUUGUGUUUCAAUGUAAUUUCCCGUAUUUUUUUUUCUUUAUUUUUGUCAUUUAUCAUAGUUGUAUUAUUAUUCUAAUUUUUUCAAACCAUACCUCCUUAUCUAGAAAUAAUGACUCAUUAACAAACUUGAUUUAUAUAGAGUGA